AUGGCCAUUCUUGAUCCUGGCACCGUUGAGAUGCUGAUUGCGUGGAUUACCUUACUUUUGGGAAGAUUUCCGAUUCUGGUGCAUGCAGUAAGCUCCACAGAUUUGUGUCUCAGCAAAAUGUGUAGCGGUUGUAUGGCAGGCUCGCUUUCGUGUCAGGAAGGAGGUCUGACUGGCCUUCCAGAUGAACUUUCCAAAGACAUCCAAUCCAUGAUCCUUAUUGGUCAUCGUUUCGAAGGGAGUGCACUAGGACGACAUAAUUUCACCGCUUAUCCACAUCAGACCAAAGUAUUACAAAGAAUAACACUCAGAAAUUGUGGCAUUGAGCGUCUUCAGCCGGGUUCUUUCGAACCUAUUCAAAGUUUGAAGCAGCUUGAUCUAUCCCAGAAUCGAAUCAGCGUGAUUGAAGCUGGCACUUUCGCAGGACUACGACUGGACUAUUUGAGGCUGGAUGAAAAUCAUCGUCUACACUUAGCUCCGGGAGCAUUCGAUGAUGCUUCUAUUGUGUCCUUAUCGAUGAACAAUUGUGGCAUGGAAAGCAUUACGUACGACGAUUUGGCCCCGUUGCUCAGACAUCACGUUCUGACCACACUACAUCUAUCCGGUAAUCGUUUGAUCACCUUAGAGAGCCGUCUUGAACCGGUGUUUCUCGAGCUACAAAGUUUAUCGAUCGAUCAAAACCCAUUUCACUGUGAUUGUCGUCUUAGUUGGCUUGCUGAAGUGUUACAACGAAGACAGAUUCGACGCAAAUCGCGUGCACUCAAACAGGACGCAAUUAUGGGUCCCGAUGCACCACUAGACAGUGACUUACCUCGCCCCACAUGCCGCUCCCCCGAUAGGUUGGCAGGUAGACCAAUGGAAACCUUGACCAGUGAAGAUUUCUUUUGUGGCUUGCCUCAAUUAAAGAACCUUGAAGUGUUUAUUGAAGAGAACAAGGAGAAUGAGGACACAAAACCCCAAACCAGUGGAUCCUCUAAUCACCCGCUUGCGGUCACUCUGCGCUGUCAAGUACGCGGUUCCCCGGAAAUGAAAUUGGCUUGGUAUCGUCGUUCCACAUUCGAUUCGGCUGUCACUUCACAGCUAGGGUUGUAUCAAGAAGUGGGACAGUUGUCCAAAUUAUCAUCUUCCCGUGUGGUCAGUUCCGAUGUGGCUGAGAUCAAACUUCUCCAACCGUUAGUAUUGCCUGGCUCAAAGAACGAGUUGGUACCAACUAAAUCCCAGCCUAAUCCGUUAGAACAAUUGGUCUGUAUUGCGUCAGAUACGAGCGGUAAUGUGAGUGCGGAGGUGAGACUACAAUGGCCCCCAAUUGUACCCAAAGAACGAAAAUCAACUGACAGCAAUUCCGACAGUCAACUCGGGGGAGAUAGGUAUGCAGGAGCUGCACCGAACAGCGCACAGAAUAAGAAGGAACGAGGCGAUGGACAGGACUGGCAGAAACCGAUGGAACUAGAGGCCGACCUCCGAUCGAAUUGGUACAUACUCACUGGUGAAGAUCCAAGCGGAUUUUGGAUGCAAAAACAAUUCUCGGCGUUGCAAAUGAUUGGAGCCGUGGUCGGGACAUUCACGUUCACAUUGCUUCUGUUCAUCAUGGGUUGUUGCUUACUGAAAGCUCAUCGUCUUCACCGGAAUUGUCUGCGGUCGAAAAUUCUUUUGCAUCACACUUCAUCUUAUCAACAUUCCUCUCCAGCUAGCAAGUAUUCAGUCCCUCCUCAGUACACGACUGCCGGUGGCCAAUCCCAGGCCUCGACCACGUAUCCAUCCACAACGAACAAUUUGGGUAACACAAUUAGCAUGGCCCAAAUGUCCUAUCAGAUCCCCUCCGUCAGUGUCCUCGCUUCAAACGGCACCGUGCCGAAUGAGCUAAAACGUUUGCCUUACACAGCCACCUAUGAGCCAGUGACAACUGCUGAUCAACCUGUCCAAAACACCUAUUCAGAUACUCAAACUUACGACAUACCCCAAUUUCCUAUUAAUAUGAGUCCCCCAACAGCACCGUUGCCUGCGGUUCCCUCCUCCUCAUUGCCGGUAUCUGUAAAUAAAACCGUGGAUUCCCGUGCCCCGUACUAUGUGUCCGCCUUACCAUGCAGCCAUUCGGGACAUCCAUCAUCGUCCAUAUUUGUUGGUAAUAUGGACACCAUGCCUACGGGGAUGUCGCUGGCAGCCACCCUUGGACGGUUGCAACAGCACCACCACCACCAACAACAAUCUAUGUCUCCACUCCAAAGUCAUUUGUCGUUUGGCCAACCACAACAGCUGUCUGUGGACCAAAAUGCACAAUUGCUCAGCCUUAAUCAAUAG